AAUUUCUUCCCACCUUGACAGGUGCGCGGGGAGCUCGGCCAACAUGCUACGGACUUGACACGCAGCGCGGCGGUCGCACGGCGGCAGGCAUGAUGGUGUGAGGCCGCUGCAUGAGGCAGCCAGGACAAACAUGAUGGAGGAGGCUGCCAGCCAGCUUGAGAGGGACCAUGUGCACAGCGUCUAUGACAAGAUUGCUCCAUAUUUCAACGACAGUCGCUACAAAGCCUGGCCCAAGGUACGCCAGUUUCUGCUGGACCUGCAGCCGGGAAGCAUCGUCGCUGACAUCGGUUGUGGCAAUGGCAAGUAUCUCCACAUCAACAAGGAGGUGUUCAAGCUGGGGUGCGAUGUUUGUCGCCCCCUGGUGGACUUUGCCUGGAGCCAAGGACACGAGGUUCAGAUGUGCGACGGGCUGCAUUUGCCUUACAGAGACGGCUGCUUCGAUGCUGUGCUCUCUAUUGCAGUCAUCCAUCACUUGUCCACCAAAGAGCGGCGCAUUCGAGCAAUAAAGGAGAUGGCUCGCACCAUGCGAGUGGGCGGACGCAUCAUGAUCUACGUGUGGGCCAUGGAGCAGAAACGUCGUAAAUUCGAGAAACAGGACAUUUUCGUUCCCUGGAACCCCAACCCUCAUUCGCACGCCAAGCCCAGAAGGAGGGCCACAGCACAGAGCGUGAGCGAAGCCAUAGACAAUGCUGACAAGCACAGGAAGGUUAGAAGCACAUCCUCCGUUGCAGACGAAGAAGACCUGACCUGCACCAUGCCGCAGCAGAGGACUCAGAGACUCUGGUUCUUCUCCAGGUCUCUGGACUCUGUGUUUGACUUUGGAAGUUUAGCCAUCUCCUGGUCAUCCUCCAGAGACCUGAGCACUUUAUCUUCACCCACAGGUGACAACGAGGGGAACAAGGCAAGCCAUCGUGGGAGAGGACGAGGCCUCAUCAAGCAGGUCUCCAGCUUUUUUUCUCCUCCAUCUGUGAUCGGAUCAGAGGAGGACGUCUUUGAUCCGGUCACAGACCUGCACAGGGGACAAAAUGAUCCUGGAGGCAACAACAACACCCCCCCUAAUAACAACGGCACAGAAAACCAGCGUGUCUCAGUGUCUUUAGCCCAGGAGUGUGGGUCUCUGGCCCUGCCAGAUCUGGUGCCUUUCCAGAAGGAGCACCUGAGGCAAUCUGGAGAUGAAAGUGAAGAGGGGCCACCGGGAAAGGAGCAGCAGGAAAGCACACAGAGUCCUCAGGGGAGCGAGGGACAGGUGGAAGGCUCCUGCCUGAGGUACUAUCACGUCUUCAGGGAGGGAGAACUGGCAGAGCUGAUAGGGAAUCAUGUGGAAGAGCUCCAUGUCAAACACACCUACUUCGACCAUGCCAACUGGUGUGUGGUGGCAGAGAAAGUUCAGUUGUGGAAAAUAUGAUUUUUUAACUUGUGCGAUUUUAAUUUGCAUCAACUCUGCCUCAAGUUUUAGCACUGAAUCAUACAUCUGAGGAUUAUUACAUUCUUGUAACUGAGUUACAAGUGUUUAAUGGUACAGAUGUUAGCCAUUGUUGAAGGUUCACUUAACACUGCAGUAAACCAAUCCACUGCUGCACUUCUCUACUUAACUGUUUGGAAAAUGUAUUUUUUUUAGUAUCUUUUUAAUUUUAAGUUAAGUAGUCCCUGAACCAGCUGUGUGGCAGACCUGUCCUUACCUAGCAUUAUCUUAGAUGGUAUCACUGUAGUGUUUUUGCAGUAGAUGGCAGUGUUCAACAAUGGCUAUCACUAUAUACUAGAUACUACUACCAUGUUUUUAAAGUAUUUAUUCUAUUUCAAUACAUGAAACAAACAAGCAUUAUCCAGAUAGCAAGUGUGUCCUCCCUUUUUAGUGUCAAGGAUUUGAUUUUAUCAUCAAAGCUCAGCAAGCUCCAGGAUUUAAACUUUUUUUAAAGAGCCUUUCUGCAACGGGGAUGUUAAGAAAUGCACUGUUUUUCUCUUUGGACUUACUAAUAGCCAAAGGGUAAUUUAAGAGACUACAAUAUAUUCUUCCAUCUGCUCUUAUGUUUCAGUGCAUUGAUUUCAGUGGAAAACUCUUACUUUGUUCUUUGUGUCUGCCUGUUUUACAACUGCACGUUCAUCAAGUCUUGAAUUCGAGGAGCUAAACUUGCGCCAAGUAUCUGUUACGCACUUUUCGACGGGACAUUCUGUAAACCGCUCGUGUGUAGUGUGUCAUCGACACACUUAUAAAAAAAGAGCUCUAAGUUGUCCGGAAUAUCUUCCAGAAACAUUCGUGCCAUUCGCUUGUUGCUUUAUCCUCCAGGUGUCGAACGUGUUGCCAGCGCGUGCGCUCGUCGUUGAUGUUUGUAAUGGUUGCGUAUCGUCUUGUAACAAGCUGAAUGUACCACUGGUAUGUUUCGGCAAAUCAGCUGCCUCAUAUACUGUGAAUAAACAUUGCACUGUACCACAAAUGCGUCGCUGUUUGAUGUCAGUGAAUGACAUAUAGGAGAAACUUGAAACAUACCGCUUAUCUGUAUCCAUGGUGCCAAGGACGGUGCAUGUCUUUAUCAGUACAGUAUGUGUGGACCAAAUGUGUUUGUUGUGAAGUGACACUGGUACCUUUUAAUGUCUUAUGUGACCUGAUGUAAAUGCUCUUGAGUUUUGAUUUGUUUUUCCUUAUUAAAUAUUUUUGU